GGGCCGGGCGCGCUCGGCGCUUGCUCCCUGGCUGGCGCUCCUCAGUCGGCCGCUGCCUGCCUGUCGCCGGGCUGGGAGCGCCUGUGUGUGUGAGUGACGCGGCGGAGGUGUAGUUUGACGCGGUGUGUUACGUGGGGGAGAGAAUAAAACUGCGGCGAGAUCCCAGGCGCGAACGAAAGCAGUGACGGAGCAGCCUGGUAACCGGUAACUAAAUGACCAUGGAAUCUGGAGCAGAGAACCAGCAGAGUGGAGAUGCAGCCGGUACAGAGGCAGAAACCCAACAGAUGACAGUACAGGCACAACCACAGAUUGCAACGUUAGCCCAGGUAUCUAUGCCAGCAGCUCACGCAACGUCUUCUGCGCCCACAGUGACCUUAGUUCAGCUGCCCAAUGGGCAGACAGUUCAAGUGCAUGGAGUAAUUCAGGCUGCCCAGCCAUCAGUUAUUCAGUCUCCACAGGUCCAGACAGUUCAGAUCUCCACUAUAGCAGAAAGUGAAGAUUCACAGGAAUCAGUAGACAGUGUCACAGACUCACAGAAGCGAAGAGAAAUUCUUUCCAGACGACCCUCCUACAGAAAAAUUUUGAAUGACUUGUCCUCAGACGCCCCAGGAGUGCCAAGGAUUGAAGAAGAAAAGUCUGAAGAGGAAACAGCAGCACCUGCCAUCGCCACUGUUACGGUGCCAACUCCCAUUUACCAAACCAGCAGUGGGCAGUACAUUGCUAUUACCCAAGGAGGAGCAAUACAGUUGUCUAACAAUGGCACAGAUGGAGUACAAGGUCUCCAGACGUUGACAAUGACCAAUGCAGCUGCAACCCAACCUGGCACCACCAUUCUACAAUAUGCACAGACCACAGACGGACAACAGAUACUUGUACCCAGCAACCAGGUUGUUGUACAAGCUGCCUCAGGAGACGUGCAGACCUACCAGAUCCGCACCGCCCCUACCAGCACCAUCGCACCCGGCGUGGUCAUGGCAUCCUCCCCAGCCCUCCCGACCCAGCCGGCAGAGGAGGCCGCACGGAAGAGAGAAGUGCGCCUAAUGAAGAACAGAGAGGCAGCACGUGAAUGUCGCAGGAAGAAGAAGGAAUAUGUGAAAUGUCUAGAAAAUCGAGUGGCUGUGCUUGAAAACCAAAACAAGACACUGAUUGAGGAGUUGAAAGCACUUAAGGACCUUUACUGCCACAAAUCAGAUUAAUUUUGGAUUCUCGUUUUCAUUUGUCCAGAAUGGGAUAGAGACUGGUUCUGGCUAUACCCAGAAAGACAAAGUAAACUUUUUAUUUUCUAAACAUUUCUUUUUUUCUAUGCGCAAAACUGCCUGAAGCAACUACAGAAUAUACUUCAUCUGUGCUUUGCAUCAAACUGUGAAUGUUCAAGUACUUGCCUCCACUUCUCCCCUUACAAGAUGAAUUUCAUCAUCAAUCUCAGCGUGAAGAAGAACAGGCUUCUUUCUCGUCUCCCCAUCCUCUUCAAGGAGUAGCAAUGGUCACUUGGGAAGUUAUUGUGGGGACGGUCCUUUUGUAGUGAUGUCAAGAAUUUGUGCUGAGUUCUUUCCAUUGCCUUAGAGACAGAACCACCCCAGCCUCCUGCUCCAGCAAACUGUGGGCCACGUAGGUGGAGCACACAUGGUGCAAUGAAGAAGCAAUGGUUGCCAAAUUGGUUUCACACAGUCAUUGUGAACUAUACAAAUACACAGCUAAGCAGCAUGCCAAAUGAAAGGCUUCACUGGCACAUCCUUGGUGUGGAGAUAACACCUUUUUAUUCAAACUAGCCCAGGAGGGGGUUUGAUUUGUAAUCUGUGUUAAGCCCUCCUGAACUAGUAAAACCUUCUCCAUACCUCGGAAACAAAUGCAUUGAAAUGAGCUUCACUGGUCGGUUGUUGCUUCUCAUAGCUUAUGUGUGCAAGUGUGUUCAGCAUUCUGAAUGCACAAAAAGCAGAAACCAACUCCGUAGGAUAUAGGUUGAAAGAUGAUAUUUGGAUGGGAAAGGAAUUCAGAAUAAAAAAGAGACAAUAGUGACAUUAUGAAAACAGUAAGCAAGGGUAGCACAUGGAAGCACUGCCUAUUUGUAUGCAGAACAACUAAGAAGUUGAAGCCAACUCCACAUAAAUACUCCCUGAUGACAGUGUGGUCUGUGUCCCGAGUCCUCUCAAGCAAUGAGGUUGUUUCUAUUUCCUUAGCACGUGUCUUAUGUAAUGGAAAUUAUUGUACUCAAUGGAAACAUCAGCCUGGUUUGCUAAAUUAUUUUUCAAACUUGGAGGCUGCCUUCCAUAUGUAAAUUAAAUUGUAGUUAUGUCAACUACUGAGACAACCUCAAAUACUGAAGAGGACUUCGCAAGGAACGAUACUGAUUCUUUGAACCUGGACAGGUUAGCUAAAUUCUUAAUUCAUUCAGGGUAUUUUUUCAUGUAAAGGGUCUGAUUUACAGAGUAAUUUAUUCCUGCAACUAAAAUUACUCAUGUGCCUCAGAUGUUUGCAAGAUUAGUGUUUCUGUGUGCACUGAGGAACUGGGAUCUUUUCCAGAUUUACGUUGUUAAAAAAGGUAGUUCAUGUUUAAAAACAAGUCUGUACUGAACAUCAGGACUUCAAAAGAAUCAUGCUCAAAAAGAACCAAAAAAGAACGUCAAGAAGUUGUCAAAAAGAAUGUAUAAAACAGAAUCAUGUGUAGUUGUUUACUGGCUCUUUGGAGCCAGUCUCUUGGUAUGUUAACUUGGGUCAUUUGAUGGAGUAAGUUUACUUUGCGCUUCUGGUCAAAUUGUUACCUAUAGAAACAUAUGAAUAAGGCUCUGGUCUGUACUAAUGCCUUGCCUAACGGCGUAUUAGUUAAUAUUUUUACCCUUUCACUUUGUUUUUAAGAUAAAUUUCACACACAAGCUUCUAAAAGAUUAUACAAUCAGUGUGAUGUUAUAAGAAAAAUAUUUGGAAGACUCUGGGCAGUUGAGUCUCAAACACCUAAGCAGUAUUAAAAGUUGAUGAUUUCUCAUUUGAGAGGGCAUUCAGUUUCCAAGAGACUUAAUUUAAAAGGAGCAAGGUUAAACUUACAGCAUUAUUGUUAACUUCAGAGUUAUCAAGAGUUUCAGAUUAAAUUUGUAUUUCAAGAAGAGAACGUAAGUAUCAGAAAUAUGAAAGAAUUCAUUUUCACAAGUUUUGAGGGGUUUAUAAAUGGUCUAUUUUUAUCUGCCAUAGAGAGUUAAUUUUCAUGUUCUUAUUUAAUGGGAGAUAAAUUUAUUAGUUUAGCAAUGCAAAUUUAAGGAAGACCCCAAAUUCUCAGCAAUGCUUGUAUAAAAAUGAUCUGAUUCCUAAAGUGAGUGAAUAAAUGAAACGGUUACAUUUUCCAGAAAUAGUGCUGAAGUAGAAAUGUUGAUAAUGCAGGAGUCAUUCUUGUAAAACAUGAACAGUGGCCUCAUUUACAAUUACAUGGAAUGAUUCCUCCAGCUUUAAGAAACAUGGAAAAGGCUGUACAUGUCCACAUUAGGGCUGCGUUUUUUUGUAGAACACGUGUUUGCAAAAACGUGAGGUUUUGCUGUGAACGUGAAUGAGGCGAGCUGUGAUCUGAGAGCUGUGGCCAGUGGGUAAUGGACACUGUCUCGUGCUUGCUGAUAGUCACUGGGAGCUGAAUGGACAUGGGAGCCUGAAAUGGUACCCAGACGGAAUUCUCCUGAUACAGGGUUGAUGCAGAUUUGUGCAGCAGUGAGAGGAGAACUGUGUUACCCGUUUGCCUGUGUGUGUUCUGCAAGUGGCCUGUAGAGUUAUUAGUCUAGACCUCAUUAGCAAAUAACGUUUCACUAAGAAAAAGAUGUUAUUUUAAAGUACAUAGGGAUCUGCUGGAAUCGUUAUUUUUAUUUAUGCUGCACUGAGGAUUUAGGGAUGUAAAUUUAUUUAAUGGAAAUUUUAAGUGACAGUAAUAAAAAAUUAAUUAGGCCAAGUACAGGGCUGGCUAGGCUACCCCAUACAUGCUUUACUGUUCAUAUUGACCCAGAAAGGGAAAGAAUAUGACACAGGAAUCCAUUCCUAUGUUAUUUACCGAGUAGUGAGGUUGGGGUAUUAAGCUUCUAUAAACUAAGGCCAUUUGGAAGUUUUGGAAGACAGAAAUUAUGCUGGACGGGGGGGAAGGGUUAGUUUUAUAUCUCACAAUUGUGAGUUUUCAAGAACUGAUAGCCUGUUUUACCUGAAGAGAAGGUUAGAAAGGGCUAGAUCCAUUAUGUUCAUAAUAAACAAGAAUUGGUUUGAAA